AUGUCAUCCACCGCCACAGUCACAGUCGCGGCCUCUUCUUCCUUGAAUGUGGGAAACGGCAAGGAUGGUAAGCCGAAGAGACUCCACCAGAUCCCCCAGUUUCAGACUAAGGAGGAGACGAGGCGUUGGCAGCUGGAACAGAUGACCGGUGCGUUCCGCAUCUUUGCCAAGCUCGGAUUUGCAGAUGGAGGAAGCGGUCACAUCAGCCUAAGAGACCCCGUUCGGCCAGAUACCUUUUGGAUCAACCCAUACGGGGUCCAUUUUGGCCUGCUAACCGUCUCCGAUAUGGUUCAUAUUGAUGAGGACGGCAACCGAAUUGGUGGUGGAGAGAAGCCCGUUAACACGGCGGGCUUCAUUAUCCAUGCCGCCAUCCACAAGCGGCGUCCAGACAUCAAUGCCGCCUGUCACCUCCAUAGCCCAUAUGGUCGAGCCUGGUCAACAUUCGGAAAGCCCAUUGACAUGCUCAACCAGGAUUCAUGCAUGUUUUACAAAGACCUUGCGGUUUAUGGCAGCUUCGGUGGCGUGGUCUUCGCUAAAGAGGAGGGUGGCCGCAUCGCUGAUGCCCUUGGUGCCGCUAAGAACAUCAUCCUGCAAAAUCAUGGCUUGUUAACAGCGGGUGGGACUAUUGGCGAGGCGGCGGCAUUUUUCAUUGCUUUGGAGCGAGCUUGCCAGACUCAAUUACUCGUUGAGGCUGCCAUGACUCCUAAUGGCACCCAGCUCAAGAAGUCUCUGGUCAGCGACGAGGAGGCACAAUAUACGAAGGAUGGCACUGGAACUCCUGAGGUGAUGUAUAUGCAGUUCGAGCCAGAGUAUCAGUUGAUCUUGAAGGAGACCAGGGGGGACUUUCUUCAAUAA